AUGAAGAAUUCAAAGGCCCCUGGACCUGACAAUCUGCCCACUGACUUCUGGAAACUAAAGGAAGUGCGAGGCACAGGGAUACCUUGGCUGACUGAGUUCUUCAAUGCUGUAAUAAACAUUGAGCAUCUACCAACUGAUUGGUCAACAAGUGUAACAGUUCCCAUCUUCAAGAACAAGGGUGACCCAGUUAACUGUGCCAAUGCACCUUCUAUCUCACACUAUGUGCCAGAAAACAUAAGGGGACUUUCUGCCUGGCAGCAGGAAGAGAAAAUAAAAGAGGAUCUACAAAUCACAGAAGCCAUAAGACUUUAUAAAGACGCCAUCCUGAGACGAUUGGCUCAUGAAAGCUACACCCUCAUCACUCCUGGUGUUUUGCGAACAGACACAGAAGAGCAAAUUUUGGUGGAGGCCCAUGGAGACAAUAAUCCGAAACAGCUUAACAUCUUGGUUCAUGAUUUUCCACGAAAGCAGAAAGCCUUGUUCCACGGAAGAGUCGAUAUGGAUCCAGCAGGAGGCAUGCUUGUCACUCCAACUAUAAAGAGCUACAAAUGUGAAGCCCAGAAGGUAAUUUUGAUGUGUCAGGUUCAUGAUUCUCCAGGAAGUGAAAUGGUAGAACCUGGGAGGAAUUCAAGUGCUGACCCAGAAGUAUCUUUAACAGCAUUCGUUCUGGUUGUGUUGUUGGAAUCCAAAUCAAUCUGCAAUGAAUAUAUCCAUAGUCUAGAAAGCAGCAUAAAGAAUGCUACAGAUUAUUUACUCAAAAAGUACGAGAAACUGCAAAGGCCUUACACUAUAGCCCUCACAGCCUAUGCUUUGACUGCUGCAGAGCGUCUGGAUGAUGACAGGGUACUCAGGGCGGCAUCGACAGAAAAGAAUCGUUGGGAAGAAUAUAAUGCUCACACCCACAACAUUGAAGGCACUUCUUAUGCCUUGUUGGCCCUGCUGAAAAUGAAGAAAUUUGAUCAAACUGGUCCCAUAGUCAGAUGGCUGACAGAUCAGAAAUUUUAUGGGGGAACAUAUGGACAAACCCAAGCAACAAUUAUGGUGUUUCAAGGUCUUGCUGAAUAUGAGAUUCAGAUGCCUACGCAUAAGGACUUAAACUUAGAUAUUGUUAUUAGGCUGCCAGAGCGAAAAAUACCUAUAAACUACAGAGUUGAUGCUACCAAUGCUGCCCGAGCCCAGACAGCAGAGACUUCAAACAGGUAUCUGGGAGAAGUUGAUUCUACAAUGACAAUAAUUGAUGUUUCUAUGCUGACUGGUUUUCUCCCUGAUGCUGAGGAUCUUACAAGGCUUUCUAAAGGAGUAGAUAGAUACAUCUCCAAGUAUGAAGUUGACAAUAAUAUGGCUCAUAUUAUAUUAGACAAGAUUGCAACUAUUGCCCUCAAUGAUGUGAUUGCCAUUUGCAUACUUCACAACUACAUGCAUGUUUGCUUGGAACUAGUACGAUUGAUAUGGGCUCUGUGCUUCUCAGAUGAAAAAUGUACCAAGUUCUACCAUCCAGAUAAAGGAACAGGACUUCUCAAUAAGAUAUGUCAUGGUAGCAUUUGCCAAUGUGCAGAAGAAACCUGUUCCUUGCUCAACCAGCAGGAAAAGAUUGAUCUUCAGUUACGAAUUGAAAAAGCCUGCAAGGAAAAUGUGGAUUAUGUCUACAAAACCAAGCUGCUUCGAAUAGAAGAAAAAGAUGGUAAUGAUAUCUAUGUCAUGGAGGUUUUAGAAGUUAUUAAAAGAGGCACUGGCCGAAAUCCACAAGCAAAGGCCCACCAGUAUCUAAGUCAAAGGAAAUGCCAGGAGGCUCUUAAUCUGAAACUGGACAAUGAUUAUUUGAUCUGUUUCAGCAGUGACCUGUGGCCCAUGAAAGAUAAUAUUUCCUACCUCAUUACAAAGAACACCUGGAUUGAGAGAUGGCCAAGUGAAGACGAAUGUCAGGAUCAAGAAUUCCAGAAUUUGUGUGAUGACUUUGCUCAGUUGUCCAACACACUGACUAUAUUUGGCUGCCCUAAUUAA